AAUUGUUCUUCUGCAAAAGGGUUAUCGUCUUGUUAUAAAGCUGCUCCAUAGCUCCAUUCUGUUCAAUUGGUAUCGCCAGCACUCACAAGCAGUAGAUUCUUCUCACUCUCCUCUGUGGCUUCCUAAUCGUCCUUCUCACUCGACCCUUUAUUUACCAUCUAUAGGUAUAUCUGGUUUAUUUUUCAUACUUGACAACAAAUAAGAUCGCUCCUACAAUCUUAUUUCCAUCUGCAAUCCAUCCUAUUGAUAUAAUCUUCUGUGUCGAUAUCUUCUAUUCACUUUCCUAACUAUACUACAUCAAAAUGAGAGAAAUUAUUCAUUUAUCAGCUGGCCAAUGUGGUAACCAAAUUGGUGCUGCUUUCUGGGAAACUAUCUGUGGCGAACAUGCCCUCGACAACUCUGGUAACUUUCAAGGUGGUGACGAAAUUCAAAGAUCUCGUUUGAACGUUUACUUCAAUGAAGCCAACAACAACAAAUACGUUCCAAGAGCUGUCUUGGUAGAUCUAGAACCUGGUACUAUCGAUGCUGUCAAAAACUCAUCAAUUGGUCAGUUAUUCAGACCUGACAACAUGAUCUUUGGCCAAUCUUCUGCCGGUAACGUCUGGGCCAAAGGUCACUACACUGAAGGUGCUGAACUAGUGGAUUCCGUUCUUGAUGUCGUUCGUCGUGAAGCUGAAGGCUGUGACUCUCUUCAAGGUUUCCAAAUCACUCACUCCUUAGGUGGUGGUACCGGUUCUGGUAUGGGUACUCUAUUGAUAUCCAAAAUUAGAGAAGAAUACCCAGAUAGAAUGAUGGCCACCUUCUCCGUCGUUCCUUCUCCAAAGGUCUCUGAUACUGUUGUUGAACCUUACAAUGCCACCCUUUCUGUCCACCAAUUGGUCGAAAACUCGGAUGAAACUUUCUGUAUUGAUAAUGAAGCCUUACAUGACAUAUGUAUCAACACCUUGAAAUUGCAAACUCCUUCUUAUCCUGACUAUAACCAUUUGGUUUCCUCUGUCAUGAGUGGUAUUACCACAUCCUUACGUUAUCCUGGUCAAUUGAACUCAGAUUUAAGAAAAUUAGCUGUUAAUCUUGUUCCUUUUCCUCGUCUACAUUUCUUCAUGGUUGGUUACGCUCCAUUAACUGCCAUUGGCUCUCAAUCCUUCAGAAACCUCUCUGUUCCUGAAUUGACCCAACAAAUGUUCGAUUCAAAGAAUAUGAUGGCUGCUUCUGACCCUAAAAACGGUCGUUACUUAACCGUCGCUGCUUUCUUCAGAGGUAAAGUCUCCGUGAAAGAAGUUGAAGAUGAAAUGCACAAAGUUCAAAUCAAAAAUGCUCCAUACUUUGUUGAAUGGAUUCCAAAUAAUGUUCAAACUGCUGUUUGUUCUGUUCCUCCAAAGGGUGUUGACAUGAGUGCCACCUUCAUUGGUAACUCCACCUCUAUCCAAGAGCUAUUCAAAAGAGUCGGUGAACAGUUCUCUGUCAUGUUUCGUAGAAAGGCUUUCUUGCAUUGGUAUACUUCGGAAGGUAUGGAUGAGAUGGAAUUCACUGAAGCUGAAUCUAACAUGAACGAUUUGGUAGCUGAAUACCAACAAUACCAAGAAGCUGGUAUUGAUGACGAAGAAAUCGAUUACGCUGAAGAAGGUCAUUACGAAGAUAAAAUGGAAUAAUUGUAAUUAUCAUCUUAUUUUCUUAUAUUUUAAUAGUACAAAUACUGCUCCUAUCUUCACACUCUUCUCUUCACUCCUACAUCCAAUAAUACUAAUAUUAAUAAUGUUUUUCAUCAAUAUCAAUAUCAAUAAUUAUAAAAAUACUACUACUACUACUACUACUACUAAUAAUAAUAAUAAUAAUAAUAAUAA